AUGUCUGGAUCCACUCUACCUUUUUCUCCGGUGACGAGCACCGACCACCGAGGCUGGCUCUGGAUUACAGUCAUUACCUGCACAAUCAUAUGUCCUCUACUACUACUUGGCCGAGGGAUAGUGAGGUAUAGAAAAUAUGGUCUCGAUGACCUUGCCGUCGUUCUUUCUUUUGUUUUUGUCAUGGCACAUUCAGCUCUCAUGAUGGGAUCGCUGGAGCUUGGAUUUGGAGUGUUGUUGACGUCUGAGACUGUAUCGGGUAUCCUUGAAGCUGCAAAGCUUCUAAACUGUCGGCUUUGCUACUUGUACGUCGCCUCUUGCCGCGGAAUUGCGUACGCGCGGAUAGUGCUUGUUGUUGUUUGGGGUGUCAUGGCCAUCUUGACCACGAACGCGGACUGCCAGCCCAGUCGUAUGUUGUUGGAAGCUAAAGAGAAUAGCUGUCAACACUUGGACACUCGUAUCAGCAUCACCAUGGCAUUGAGUUGUGCCACAGAGCUUGGUGUUCUUAGCCUUGCCGUUGCCUUUCUGAACCACAUGCAAGUGGAGCAACAGCAGAGAAAAUGGGCAGUGGUGGCUUUUAUGUUGCGUAUACCCAUCGCUUACCUCAUUUGCUAUCUACACUUUCUUUCCUCAGGCCACUCCAGCAUCUCCUUCAUCCCCGUUGCAAUUCUUCAGCAAGUCCUCUCUUGCUACUCUUUCUUUGCAUCCGUAUCCACCGCAUUCUUCCCCUUUCCCCUUCCUUCCUUGUCAUCUUCAUCUCCCUACUCUUCAAACUCUUCUCUCAAAACUCAGAGUCGGAGACGCAUGUCCACACCCAUGUCCUUCUUCGGCGACAAGAUACGCGGCGACAGAGAAGUGUUUUCUCACCGUGCGAGGGUGUUUGCAGAUGCCAAGGGCGUGCAGAGAAGGGAAAGUGAGAGANNAAAAGUCAGACGGCAGAGACAGAGGGAAAAGGGUCAUGUGAAGAGUUUGGGGAGUCAAGAGAGUCUAAAGGGGAUUGUUAGGGAGGAGACUUUUGAGGUGCAAGUUGUGUAG